AUGUCCUGGAAGUUCCUCAACGUACUGAAGGAAAGAGCAGGGAUGGAAAGCAUCACCAAAGAGCAGGUAAAAGGAAUCAAAGAGCUUGUGAAAAAAGCACGAGAAUGGGAUGAGAAGAAGUCCCAGAGGUAUGCCAAGUUUUCAUCCAAAAUGUCUAAUGAGGAGUAUGCCAAGCUUUGGAGGAUGGAUUCAUACAUCAUAGAGGACGACGACAAAGAAAAGCUUAAGAAUUUAGACCAGAAAACAGUGUUCAACAACAUAAUGUGGCUAUCCCACAGUGUGGAGAAGAUAGACUCAAAUAUGAAGAAGUUUCUUGGAAUGCAUGUCUGGGUCGUCAAUUACUGGAUCAAAACCGUUGGGUCUGUAACUGUCAGAAAGUUUCUAAGGGAGAACAAAUACAGUGGAGAGUUUGUAUACUUUCUGUAUAAAUACUUUAAUCUCUAA